AUGAGUCUUUUCCUCUGCCCUCGGGCCCGUCCAUUGACGACUGGCGCGGCGGCUGCUGUCCGGGGAGUGACAAAGCCGAUUCGAGCGACGGCGUUUCUUGGCCUGGCUGCGCCGGAUUCACGAUGGAUGUCUUGCGCUGCCAAACAGAGAGCAUGGCUGGGCUGCCGUGGCCAUACGGCCGCCUGGCGGCAGACACCGGUCGUGCCCCAACCGCGCAAUUGUCGAAGGACGCUGUUUUCCCAUCACGGGAUCCGCGACUACGAGCAACUACCGAAAGACUACCAGGACAAGGUCGGACUCCCGUUUAGUAGCAAGGAGCUGACAGACGCCGAAGUGCUGCGAAUAUUCGGCGCCGGCAUGAAGACGGGCCCGGCCAACUACCUGCUACGGGUACUUCACGGCCGCCGGAUCGCCGGCACGCUCGACGACCCCGCGUACGCCGUCAACACGGUCCAGUUUACAGACGAGCAGAUGGGGAUGGCGCUGGCCUACCUCCGAAAGACGGUGCCGAUCGAAGAAGUUCGCAACGCCGGGCUGCGCGCCGAGGACGAGCUGAUGCAGAUGGAGGAGGACAUGGCCAAGGCCAACAAGGCGAAAGAGCGCAAGGCUGAUGGCACAGAAGCGGUCGCGGAACCAGAUGUGCCGUAUACGGAAGACCCAGUCUACGGGCACAGCACAUUUGACCAGAUUCGAGCGACGAACCAAGCGAAGCAAAAGGCGAGAGGCUUGGCAGAAGAAAAGGAACGGCUGGAGAGAGAAGAGCGCGAGGGUAUUGUCUCGGGCACGCUGGCAGAGAUGGAUCAAGUCAGCGGUGGCGGCCGAACACGAGCGAUUACGAACCCCAAGAUCCAGGCAUACUACGACGAGGCGCAGUCGGACCUCACAGAGCCACCGCAAAUGUCGGCGGCAGCACGAAUUCUGCCCUCUGCCGUGGUCGUGGCAUUGGUUCUCGGAUUCAUGGCCGCCGUGAGCAUGGUCUACGAAGAGCCGGCAGAGCGGUACCGUCUGAUUCCCGAGCUGUCGACCUCGCAGGCGACUGUGGCGGCAAUUGUCGGCCUGAAUCUCCUGGUCUACAUGGCGUGGAAGGUGCCGCCGCUGUGGAAGCACCUGAACAAGUACUUCAUCGUGUCGGUGGCGACGCCGCGGCCGCUGUCCAUGUUCACGACCAUCUUCUCGCACCAGUCGCUCAGUCACCUGGUGACCAACAUGCUGCCUUUGGUGGUGAUUGGUCCGGCGCUGCACGACGAGAUGGGCCGUUCCGACUUCCUGACGCUGUUCUUGGCGUGCGGGUCGCUGUCAUUUGUCGGGUCGCUCGCGACGUACACGCUGCGGGGGAUGCUGGGGACGACGACGAUUGGCGGGUCCGGCGCGACGCUGGGCCUCUGCGCGGCGUACUUUUGGGAGCACCGGAUGGACGGGUUCAAGUUCUUCGGGCUGCCGGAGCACGGCGUGCACGGCGUCAUCUUCCUGGCGGGCCUGCUGGCGCUGCAGCUCGCGGGGCUGGGCAAGACGCUGGCGCGCAAAAUCGACCUGGCGAGCCACCUGGCAGGCUUCGCGGCGGGCGUGGCGAGCAUCGAGGCGAUCCAGCGCGCGGCGAGGGGGCGGCAGGCGAGCGAGGGCGAAGGGAACAGGAGCGUGAUUGAGAUUUGGUUCUGGCUGAAGCCGUGGCUGCAUGCGCGUGUGGAGGCGAAUGAGGCGGCGGCGGCUGCGGCGCUGGCCGAGGCCGAGGCCGAGGCCAAGAAGGAGAAGAAGAAAUGA